CAGCACGAAUCUCCGCCGGCUCUCGCCACACUCUCUGCUCCGCCCCUUCUGGCGCGGCAGCACCUGAACCCCCCGCUCUGUUCCCUCCCAGUUCCCCGCCGCGUCCACACCUGGUCUCCAGUCCUGCGAACAGUGACUGUAGAACCACCUCAGGCCCUGCAGACCCAGGUUAACGCAGGAGGCAGCCGCCUGGGCCAUGCCGGUUCGAAGGCCUGUGUCUUCUCAGGAGCCCCAGCAGGAGACAGAGGGGCCUGUGUUCACAGUGGAUGACUUCCCCUCCCUGAGCCCGAGAUGGGAUAGUAGCUGGGACCCGCCUACCACCAGGAUCUGGGCCUGAGAAGCCAGCUGAAUGAAGGGCCAUACCAGACGCCUGGGAGGGACACUGACGCCCGCAGUGGGGGGGGAGGGGUCCGGACCUGCCCCUUCCCCCCCAGACUCCUCCCCCUCAGAGGACACUCAGCCAUGGACUUUGGACGCGGAUCAGAGAGAAGCUGCGUUUUGUUUGGUGUCUCCGGUUUGGGAGUCUCAGUUUUGGAAAUGGAGUGCUGGAUGGGGUGUGAGGAUCUCCAGGGGAGCAGCUGAGAGAAGAGAAGAAAGAAAUCACUAGUCCUGCCCUCGGCCUGACCCGUCCACAAGACAGUCCCCUCCAGACAGCCAUCGGCCUUCUCACAUAGGCGCCAGGAAGGAUGCUUAGGCCGAUUAGCCAGGACCAGUGACAGAUUUGACCAAAUGUGCAUGGCUACUUCCUAAUCCCAAAGCCCAGAGGACACAUCCCUAGAACUGUGCGGGUGAGGCCGGCCAGCAGGGCAGCUUGAGCGCCCCUCUCGUGGCUCCCCGCGGGGGCCAGGAUGCUGAAGAAGCAGUCUGCAGGUCUUGUGCUGUGGGGCGCCAUCCUCUUUGUGGCCUGGAACGCCCUGCUGCUGCUCUUCUUCUGGACGCGCCCUGUGCCCAGCAGGCUGCCCUCAGACAGCGCUCUGGAUGACGACCCCACCAGGCUCACCCGCGAGGUGAUCCGCCUGGCCGAGGACACCGAGGUGGAGCUGGAGCGGCAGCGGGGGCUGCUGCAGCAGAUCUGGGAGUACUCUGUGCGGCGGGGCCAGCGGUGGAGGGUGCCCACUGCCGUCCCACCCGUGCCGCCACGAGGGCCUGGGACCUUGCCGCCAGCUGUGAUCCCCGUCCUGGUCAUCGCCUGUGACCGCAGCACUGUCCGGCGCUGUCUGGACAAACUGCUGCACUACCGGCCCUCAGCCGAGCGCUUCCCCAUCAUCGUCAGCCAGGACUGUGGGCACGAGGAGACAGCUCAGGUGAUCGCCUCCUAUGGCAGCGCCAUUACACACAUCCGACAGCCCGACCUGAGUGCUAUUGCGGUGCCACCCGACCACCGCAAGUUCCAGGGCUACUACAAGAUCGCGCGCCACUACCGCUGGGCCCUGGGCCAGAUCUUCCACAAGUUCAAGUUCCCCGCGGUGGUGGUGGUGGAGGACGACCUGGAGGUGGCCCCGGACUUCUUCGAGUACUUCCAGGCCACAUACCCGCUGCUGAGGGCCGACCCCUCCCUCUGGUGUGUGUCUGCCUGGAACGACAACGGCAAGGAGCAGAUGGUGGACUCGAGCAAGCCGGAGCUGCUCUACCGCACCGACUUCUUCCCCGGCCUGGGCUGGCUGCUGUUGGCCGAGCUGUGGGCCGAGCUGGAGCCCAAGUGGCCCAAGGCUUUCUGGGAUGACUGGAUGCGGCGGCCUGAGCAGCGGCAGGGCCGGGCCUUCCUGCGGCCCGAGAUCUCCAGAACCAUGACCUUUGGCCGCAAGGGUGUGAGCCACGGGCAGUUUUUUGACCAGCAUCUCAAGUUCAUCAAGCUGAACCAGCACUUUGUGCCCUUCACCCAGCUGAAUCUGUCAUACCUGCGGCAGGAGGCCUAUGACAGGGAUUUCCUUGCCCGCGUCUAUGGCGCCCCUCUGUUGCAGGUGGAGAAAGUGAGGACCAGUGAGCGGAAUGAACUGGGGGAGGUACGGGUGCAGUACACCAGCAGGGACAGCUUCAAAGCCUUCGCCAAGGCCCUAGGAGUCAUGGAUGACCUCAAGUCGGGGGUCCCCAGGGCCGGUUACAGGGGCAUCGUCAGCUUUCUGUUCAGGGGCCGCCGUGUCCACCUGGCACCCCCGCAAACCUGGGAGGGCUAUGAUCCCAGCUGGAAUUAGUGCUGCCUGUCUCUCCCGGCCCCUCUCACGGCACAUGCUGAGACAGACUGCAGUCCUGGCUGCACCCUCCUCUCUGUGUCUCUCUUGGGUCCAUUUAUCUUUUUAUUUUAUUUUAUUUUUGAGUGGCAUUCGAGUGCACAAAUGAGAAGGUGAAGAUGACUCGCCCAUUGAGAGGUUCAAAUCAGGGGAAACUUUCUGGGGUACGUUGGGGGAUAUUGAG